AUUUAAGUUGUGACAAACAAGACGAAGGCGGCAUUUUCUUUCUUGUUCUUAUCGUGAGCAGGUAUAAACUCGUCUGUGAACAAUUUUGAGAACCUAAAUAAGUGAUUAUCAUGUUUAGAAAUAGAUAUUUUUCUAAUACAAGUUUGAUUGUGAUUGACAAUUGAUUUUGAUCAAGAAUUUUCGUUACAUUUUGCAAACGAAACAUUAUUUUCUAACCUCUCGUUCGACAUUCUUUGUUUGGCAGCGUUUUUUUUUGUGAUUUUUGUGACAAAUUUUGAUUUUAAUUGCUUUCUAGGGAAGUGAUUUUUUAAAGAGAAGACAAUGGCAAACGAGAGGGAAAGGAAAAAAAGAAGAAAUGAAGAUAGUAUAGGAGAUUCUCAACAUGCGAAAAAAGCAAGGGAACAUAAUAUUUCGAAUUCUUUUGUAACAGAACAAACUAUUGGAAAAGUUAAACGAGUUUUCAUGCGAAACUUCAUGUGUCAUGACGCUUUGGAAGUUGAAUUAAAUCCAAAUGUUAAUUUCAUUGUAGGACGCAAUGGAAGUGGUAAAAGUGCGAUUUUAACCGCUGUUAUGAUUGGUCUUGGUGGUAAAAGUAAAAUUACAAACCGAGGAACUUCCGUAAAAGGAUUGAUACAAAAUGGCAAAAAUAGUGCUUCAAUUGAAGUAUCUUUGACAAAUGCAGGAGUCGGUGCUUACAAGCGUGAAAUUUACGGCGAUAUUAUUACAGUCUGCCGAACUAUCGGUGCAAGUUCGACUUACAAAAUCAAAAAUUGGAAAGGCGAAAUUAUUUCUCAUAAAAAAGAGGAACUUGAUAAAAUUAUUGAUUCAAUGAAUAUUCAAGUUGAAAAUCCAAUUUCAAUUCUAAAUCAAGAUGUGUCGAGAACAUUUUUAGUUUCAUCGACUGCUCAAAAUAAGUAUGAUUUGUUUAUGAAAGCAACUCGUUUAAAUAUUAUUGGUCAAAAUUAUAAGGACGCUCACGCUUGCAAUGAAGAUUCACGUCGUCGUUUAGCGGCUACUGAACAGUCAAUGGAAGAAACAAGAGCCGAAAUUGAACAAAUAAGAGAGAAUAUACGGGUUUUGGAUUCUGCAGAUGAGGCGCGGGAAAAUUUUAAAAAAUUACAAAUAGAAUUGUCUUGGUCAAUUGUAUCUGCAGAAGAAGAAACGGCAAAAAAAUUGCAGCAACGACUUUCUGAUUGUGAGAAAGAAGCUAAAAAAUUAGAAGCCGCCGAUGGUGAGCGAGAAGAAAAAUUAUUAAAAAUAAAGGAGGACAUUGAAAAAUUGGAUGUUAAGUGUCAAGCAAUAAAAUCUGAAUCUGCAAAUAGUGCUGAAUUAUACAGAACAUCGAAGCAAACCUAUUUGGAGAGUAAAGAUGCUCAUGCUGAAAAAUUGAAGGCUUGGCGUAUUUCACAAACUAAAGUGAAACGAUUAGAAUCUGAUAUUGGACUUCUUAAAAAAGAAAUUGAACGAUUGGAAGCUGAAAGCAGCAAACAAGAAGCAGAGAGACAAGAAUCAAGGGAUAAACUUUCACAGUUUGAGCAAAGUUUAGAUGAAGUUGAAGCUACUUUACGCACUAAGCAAACAGAUCAAAUGCAUUUAGAAGCUCAUAUUAGAGAAAAAUUAAUGCGAGAUGAAAAUUCUUUAAGAAUAGAAGUUGAAAGUUGCAGGAAUAAAUCGAGACAAAUUUCACAAAAAUUGUCGGCCAUCAAGAAACAAGUUAAUAAUGCCAUUGCUGUUUACAGUCCGAAUAUGCCUCGUCUUCUCAAACGUAUCGAUGAGGAGUAUCGAAAAGGCAAAUUUCGGGCGAAACCCCGAGGACCCAUUGGUGCUUUUAUUAAAGUAAAAGAUCCCCAAUGGAUACCAGCUGUUGAAAAUUUUCUUUCCAAUUUAUUGAGUGCUUUUUGCGUUGAUAAUCGAGCUGAUGCAAAUAAACUUGGUUUAAUUAUGCGCGAAGUUUUUCGCGAUGAAAGAUGCCCGCAAAUAAUUUCGAGUAAAUUUUAUGAUCGGGUUCAUAAUGUACAACAACAUUGUACACGUUCCCCGGAUUUUCCGAGUCUUUUGGAAAUGAUGGAGAUAUCUGAUUCGGUUAUAGCAAAUUGUUUAAUUGAUCAACGUGAAAUUGAAUGUGUUUUAUUGAUUCCAACUAGUGAGCAAGCUUGCAAAGUAAUGUGUAAAACACAAUAUGUUCCUAAUAAUUGUAAACGAGCUUUCACUCAGGGUGGAGAUCUCUUUUUCCCAGCACCAAAUUAUAAAACUUAUGGUGGUAGACGUGGAAUGAGGGCGAAAUUUCUUCAAGUUUCAACUACUCAGGCAAUUCAAAUUUUAGAAGAAGAUUUAACAACUGCUGGUGAAGAGCAGCAAAGAGCUUCGACAGAAUUACAAUCGGUUACAAUGAAUCUCCACAGUGCCAAUGCCGAGUUACAAAAGAUAAAUAAAGAAGUUAAUAAAUUACGAACAACUGAAAUUCAAUUGAAAACUGCAAUUACUAGUGUAAAGGACAAGCUAGAAGAAGUUCAAUGCAAAACAAUUGAAAUGUUUACAAGUGACAUGGAUCGUAAUCAAAGAAAACUCCAAGAGGCAAAAGCAGAGGAAGAUGCUUUAAAAAGAGAAACUGUCGAAAGGCAGAAUAGAGUUGCGGAAUUGGAUGCUGAAGUCAAACGUUAUAGAAAUAUCGUUAAUGAAACUGAAGUGAGGCUUAAUCCAAUUAAGGAGGAAAUAUCUCAAUUGAAAGAAAAACAAUCAAUUUUAUGCUCAAACUACGAAAAUGUGGCGAGAAAAUUAAAUAUCGCUAAGCAGAAUAUUGAUAAAAGUAAAACGGAUUUCGAAAAACAACAACGAACUAUUUCUCUUGCUGUUAAAAAUGCCACGGAAAAAGGCGAAAAAGUAGCUGUAACCAGAUCCCAAAGAGAAUUGGCUCGUUUAUCGAACGAACUUCAAGCGACCAUCGAGAUGAUUGAGAAUGAAUAUGGUUCUAAAGACGAAUGGAAUAGAGAGCUGCAAACAAAAUUAGAUAAAUUCAGUCAAAUUGAUGAAUUUCACAGAGUUCUUGCAAAAUCUUGUCAGAAACAUCAAAUAAGACUCGAAAAACGACGGCGUUUGUUUAACGAAAUGAAAAAAGAAAUUGGAUUUAAAGUUCAAACAUCUUUUCAAAGUAUUUUACGACUUCGAAAGUACAAGGGAUCAAUUAAAAUUGAUCAUAAGGAAAAAUCACUUCAACUUGAAGUAAAUCCACAAAAUGAUGCCAAAAGACCAACAAAUGAUGCGAAAUCUUUGUCUGGUGGCGAAAGAUCCUAUUCAACAGUGGCAUUUAUUUUGGCUCUCUGGGAUUGUACUGGAUUACCUUUUUAUUUUCUCGACGAAUUCGACGUCUUUAUGGAUAAAAUUAAUAGACGUAUCAUAAUGGACCUAUUAAUAGAACACACUAGGUCACAUCCUCAAAGUCAAUUUACAUUUUUGACUCCACUGGAUACAUCAAGCAUCGAUGUUAAUGAUCACAUAACAAUUCAUCGAUUAGCUCCUCCAGAAAGAGCGGAAAACUAAAAAAUCUAUCAUUCCAUCCUUUCUUCUGUUCGGUCGUCAACGCUUUAAUUAAUGUUUAUUCGUUUAUACCAUUGCGUAUGUCGUAUAUAUUUAUAAAGGUCCUAUUUAUGUGUCCGUAACAAAUGAUGCCUUAAAGAGAGAGAGAAAUGAAAAAUGUUUGUAACAGCGAACAUAAAAUAUAAGGUAUAUGUUUAUCAAUUAAUAUAUAAUAUAUAAAGAAAGAAAUUUAUUUCAUCGUUAGUUUAAACUGUUUAUUUUUUAAGAAUAGAAAGGAAAAAAAAAAUUGUGAAACAGUUCUGGCCAUUGAAAAGUACUAUUAUUGUUUCUAAAUUUAAAAGAAAUUUUUUAAGACAAUCAUCGUUUUGUAUUUUGUCUCAUCGUCACAGCAAACCUUUUAAGUUUGUAAUAUAUAUAUAUUAAAAAAAAACCAAGAAUUUAUUUAAACGUUAAUUCAAAGUAUUUAUUUACAAACAAUAAAAAAAAAAGUGCUAGCCGUUAAAAAGUACUAUUAAAUAUUGUUUCUAAAUUAAAAAGAAAAUUUUUAAGGCAAUCGUUUUGUAUUUUGUCUCAUCGUCACAACAAGUUUUUUAAGUUUGUAAUAUAAGACUAAAACCAAGAAUUUGUUUAAUCGUUAAUUCAAAAUGUUUAUUUACAAACAAGAGAAAAAAAAAACAGUGCUGGCCGUUGAAAAGUAUUAUUUCUAAUUGCAAAGAAAUUUGAAGAUAUUCAUCGUUUUGUGAUUUGUCUUCUUUGUAUAUUGAUUGUUUAAAAAAAAAAAAAAACAAAAAAGAAAAAAAAACGAAGGUAAUUUCCUAUUUGGAAAUUCGGUGCCUUGAUAUGUAUACAGUAUUACACGUUUAGUUUAAAGUUAAUGUGUAAUAUAAAAUAUAAAAUAUAUAUUUCAUAUAAAAAAUUCGUUAUAACAAA